AAAAAGGUAAGUGAACAACAAAUUUAAACGUGUGUAUGUGUCUCUGUGUGUACAUGUGUCAGUGUGUGUACCUCCCAAUACAGUUUGUGUAUCUGUGUGUCAAUGUGUGUGUAUGUGUCACUAUGUGUAUCAGUGUCAAGGUGUGUCAGUGUAUCUGUCAGUGUGUGUAUGUGCCUGUGUGUGUAUGUGCCUGUGUGUGUGUAUAUCUGUGUCAAGGUGUGUGUAUCUGUCAGUAUGUGUAUCUGUGUUUCAGUGAGCCACUAUGUGCCACUGUGUGUGUAAUAGUGUGUCAGAUACAUACACACACACAGAUACACACCUUGACACACAGAUACACACACCUUGACACACACUGGCACAUACAAACACAGAUACACACAUCUUGACACACACCGGCACAUACAAACACAGAUACACACACUUUGACACACAGAUACAUACACACACACACAGAAACAGAUACACAUUGUGUGUCAAGGUGUGUGUAUCUUUGUGCCACUAUGUUUCAGUGUGUGUCAAGGUGUGUCAAAUUCAUAAACACUGGCACACAGAUACACACACUGGCACAUACAAACACAGAUACACACACGUUGAUACACAGACACGCACCAGCACAUACAAACACAGAUACACACACUUUGACACACAGAUACACACACCUUAACUUAAAGAUACAUACAUACACACAAUACACUGUUUGGUUCGGUUCGGCACUUCCGAAAUUCGGGACUUUGGCAAUUCGGGACUUCGGCAAUUCGGCACUUCGGUUCGGCACAUCCGAUAUUCGGGACUUCGGCAAUUUGCCACUUCGGUUUGGCACAUCCGAUAUUCGGGACUUCGGCAAUUUGCCACUUCGGUUUGGCACUUUUGAAAUUUGGGAUUUCAGCAAUUCGGGACUUGAAUUCAGAACUUUGGCAAUUCCCUAACCUUAACCCUACCCCUAAUCCUACACCUAACCCUACCCCUAAUUCUAACCCUAACGGUACCCCUAACCUUAACCCUACCCCUAAUCCUACCUCUAACCCUACCUCUAACCCUACCCCUAACCCUACCCCGAACCCUAUCCUCAACCCUAACCCUACACCUAACCCUAACCUUACCCCUAGGGGUAGAGUUAGGGUUAGGGGUAGGGUUAUGGGUAGGGCUGGGGUUAGGGUUAGAUUCCUGUCAUCAUUCCCUUCAUUUUCCCUCCUUCUCCUGUUUUGACACUUUUCAGAAAUCUGAAGCACUUUGGCACUUCCGAAAAGGGGCACUUCGGCAAUUCGGUUGGGUUCGGCACUUCUGAAAUUCGGGACUUCGGCAAUUCGGCACUUCGGUUCUGUUCGGCACUUCUGAAUUUCGGAACUUCUGAAAUUCGGCAAUUCGAACAUUCGGAAGUAUCUAAAUGUCCAAAUCGCCGAAAUUCAGACCAAUUUAAAUUCAGACUAAAACUAAUUGCACAUGUCUAUUAUACUGUGACUUGUCCAUAAUCUUCACAGGUGUACUCGAUUCUCUUAAUUUGCACUUCUGGUCAUAAUUAUCCAAUUUUAUAUAGUUCACGUAUAAUAUAUUACUCUUUUCUUACGAUCAAGCUAUGCUCACCAUCUAUUACUUAAGGGUAUGUGGAGUAACAUCCUUCUUUUUUUUUUUAAAUGAACUGUACUUAACAGUAGCAGUAACUUUAAAACCUCACUAGUCUCACUCUAGGAUCAAUGACACAGGGCAUCUAUCUCCCACUCAAAGUUGGUUUAAGUGGCGUUGGCAGCGGCUAGGCACCAUAGUAAGCUCACACUAGGAUUAAUGACAAUCUCCCACUCCCACACAGGUAAUCCAAUGGAAAACUGAUCAAUUACUGUUUACAGAUCUGUCUCCCUCAAUAGCUGAAGUCAGUGUCUUGAAGAAUCCAUCUUCUUCUCCAUUGCUUCUCCCAUUUUCUGGCUACACGUGAAGAGACUCCAAUUCAUGAAUCAUACAAAGUAGCUUGUUCAUUGCUGGUUUGGUUUGCUCUGUGAUUCUGUCGUAUUGAGAUUUGGAAUUAAUGAUUUUGGAUGAUUUUUUGAUUGCUCAAACUUUGUGUGCAUUGCAAUUUGGACAAAAUCAAACAUGCAAUCCUAGUAACUAACAGAUUUUUUUUUCACAGACAGGACCUUGGAUAUAUAAUCUCUGUAAUAGGCAGACAACAGCUGAAGCCAUAGGUAUAACUGUGAACUCCAAGGCGGCCAAUAUAAACAUUCCUCCAAUCACUGUAAAUGCCCACAUGGAUAAGGACACAAACAACCCCCCUAAUCCAAUGAUUAUCUAUGCAUCAGUAAGUCAGGGAUUAAUGCCUGUGAAAGGAGCAAAGGUCACAGCAAUUAUUGAAUCAGCAACUGGAAGAGUUUCAACUGUAGAACUUCUUGACAAUGGAGCAGGUACAAUUUUUAACAAUAUUAAUACCAGUCCUGUCUGUGAUAAUGUCUAUAUAAACACAAUAAUGCACCAAAAUAAUAGAAAUAAGCAUGUUAUCCUUUGAGUCUGUGUGUGUUUGUAUAUAUACACUGUGUCAUGUGGUAUCUCACACUAAAACAUUAGCAGCAGAUUCUUACAAUUUGUAAGGUGGAUUUGUUGUUCCAGCACAUCCCACUCAUGGUCUCUUGCAUUAAGAUCCGGGGAAUUUGGAGGCCGAUGCCUCCACCUUGAACUCAUGUUCCUCAAACCAUUCCUGAAUAAUUUUUGCAGUGACAUGGUUAUCCUACUGAAAGAGUCAACUGCCAUCAAGUAACACCAUAUCCAUGAAGGUGUAACUAUCUUGGUAGGUAGUACAUGUCAAGGUAACAUCCACAUGAAUGCCAGGAACCAAGGUUUCCCAACACACCAUUUCCCAGGGUAUAACAUUGCCUCCACCGGCCUACCUUCUUCCCUUAGUACAUCCUGCUGCCAUCACUCAUCAUUCAAGAUAAACAAUGCACAUGCACCCAGGAAUCCAUCUGAUCUAAUUGAAAACGUGACUCAAUCACUUAAUGAUUCUGGCACUCUCCUCCCCAUUGAAGGUACUUUUGGUGGUGGAUAGGGGUCAUCAUGGGCACUCUGACUUCACCUCUCACCGGUUUUAAUGUUGUGGCUGAUCAGUGAAUAUAUAAUUUUGUACACGCGAAAAGUCUUCCUACUGGUAUGUUGAUACAAUAUAUCUGAUGCCUAGGACCUCAGCUUUUGUUCAUGAGUACUAUUUUCUAUAUGUAUAGUACAAAGGCUGAUGCCCAAAACUUGCUACUAUCUUUAUACUGAAAUGUUUUAGGCAGGUGUGACGAAAUGCCUUUUGUCACUGGAUUUUUAGGUGACAAGCUGCCCUUUGCCCCUGGCUGUUGGAGGAGCCUGAGUGCCAGCCUCCUGCCUCAUGACUAUGGCCCCAUGUUGAAACGCUUAAUUUUCCCCUGCAAAUACACGAAAGCCGGGUCAUUCGGUGCUGACCCUGUUUGAGCAGUGAUACCCCAGAUAGCUAUGCCAUGGAGCCCAUUCAUAUAAUGAAAGACUAUGGGAAAGACUUUGGCUCCAUGGCAAUUGAACUGUAUGUGUGUGAUCUGAACGCCAUUCAGUAAUAAUGUGCACUCAGAUCUGAGCUAUCUCGGGAUAUGUUGAAUGUACCUUUUUUAUGCAAUGGAUGCACAGUUAUAUAUUUUUAUGUAUUUUAUUGUCUUUUGCUGCCAUGUGUUCAAUGGAGUUUUGCCUCUGCCCUUGGAGAUAAUUGGAUUACUUCCCAAUUAUCUCCAGGAUAGAGGACUCUGUGGAACUGGUUUUGCACAGAAAAGCCAUGCUUCAUUUGGUCACAAAGGACUCCUAACUAACUUUUGAACCAAUGGAAGGAUUUGCAUGAUUUUUGGGUAUGUUUGUAUUUGGGAUGUGUUGAUUAAUAAUAUGUGACUUUUUAAUAAUAUUGGAUGUAUGGUUUUAGAGUUAUGAAAGUUGGGUAAAAAGUGUGUUUUAAAAUGUAUGGAUAAUUGGAUUACCUCUCAGGCUAAGGGGAGGAGAUGUGUGGGAUGUAACCAUUGUGCGAUUGGUUGUACUGUGUCCCACCCUGUGGGAUGUCUCCUUGCAUGGGGACUUGCAUAAAAGCCAGUAUGUGAUCAUUAAAAGCUGAGAUCAUCCUGUACCUUCAUGAAGUUUUGGCUCAUGUUUGGGGGAUUGGAGAACUACACUCUGGGGAUUGCUAUAAUCACUAUACUCCCCAGGAUAUGAUCACUAAGCUCUGCUAAGAGCUUGGUCCUGUUCCUGCUCUCUGGAAUUCAGAGAGGUUGACCUACUGGAAGCUGGACCCUGGUCUUGGGUCCAGAGUGGGUGGAGAUGGAGAUACCCCAACCAAGCUGCGACGGUUCGUGGGGUCUGCAGUUGUUAUGGUGUCGGGCAGAGUGCUUGGAGUCCUCGGAUCCGUCGGCGGAAGGUACCAAGUCGGGAUGCCAGCGGUUCCGUUACAGCAGGUUUACCCCUACAGGUUUCCUGUGGUUCCCAGAGUUUGUGAGCAUACAAUCCAUGGAAAGGGAUGGUUUGUCCUCAAUGCAGUCAUGUAAAAUAUAUCCUCUAUCAGAGUGAAGUCAAUGUCAGGAAAGAAAGUGAAGGAGAGGUCAGGUUACAGAGAAAAUGAAGAAAAGGUAGACCAUAUACUUUCUGUAUGUCAAUUUAUCUUGAACACCUAUGCCAAAUCAUAUUAAAACCACACAGUGGGCAAGAAAGAGAAUGAAGUAGUAGAGAUAUAGUCUGACAUGUUUCAUGUGAUUAGCACUUGAUCAAAGAUUCAUGGAGUUUCUCCGUUUUUAUAAUGCAUUACAAACAGGGCCACAUUUACAUGUCAGGAACCUUUAGGCACACAAUUCUAAGGCACCUCCUGCUACCCAAUCCCAAAAUAAGACAGAGAAAGUAUAAUGAAUUUUUAACUGGACAUUGCAGGCCUAAGAACAUCUAAAAAUAUAUUCACAUUGGACAACUGCAUAUGUAUAAAUGUAUAUAUGUGCAUAUUUCUGCUCUGCUUGUAGUGUAUUGUUUGAUUCUGUGAGUAUAGUGAGCAUAUGCAACUGUGUAAAUGCAUACAGGGUUAAAGAUAAUGUUAGAAGAGGAUAGGGUAAAGGGGGUUUAAGGUCAGAGAGGGAAUAAUGUCAGAGUUGGAUUACAUAAGGUGUUUAGUGCUAAGAAGAUUAACAGAUGACAAACAUUAAGGUAAAGGAUUUUAUUUUUAUGCUUAGAUUCUGAGUGCUGGGGUUUGAAGGUUUAUUUGUAAAGUAUUUGCUCUCCUAAAUUUUCUGUAGACCAGUCAGAUAGAUUAAGUAAAGCUAUUGGAGUAGUUAUACAGUGUGCAUCCCCUGCUCAUCCUGCACAGCAUUGCCUAGGUGAGAGGCUGUUAGGGGCAGAUGGACAGCACUAAGAUUUACACCCUCUAAAACUGUUCCUGCAGCACUGCUCUUGAGGAUACAGAGGACACUGUCCAAGGUUUGAGUUGGUGCCAGAUGGUAUCUUUUUUAUUAUCUACAUUCUACAAAAUACCACCUUUGCAUUUUUAUGAACUACAAAUUGGAAGAAAAAAAAAGAUGUCUUUCGGCAGCAAUAGCUCAAAAUAAAUGAUUGUGGAUUUAUAAACUGGUGAAAUGCUGAAUAGUAAGCGAUACUAUGUUUAUACCAUGGUAUGAGAUUUUUCUGGUCCACUUCUCAGUUUCUCAUAUAUGUGCCUUUUACUGAGAAAUUAUUGAAUCUUUUCAUUCUUUCAAUCUAACUUCAAACUGACUGAUCCAAUUGUAGGUGCUGACAUUGUGAAAAACGAUGGUGUCUACUCAAGGUAUUUUACAGAUUUCACAGAUAAAGGCAGAUACAGCUUAAAAGUGCGCGUUGAAAGUGAUGACAAUAAAAGUCAGUUGGUUGUGCCAAAGAAUCGUGCUCUUUAUGUUCCAGGUUAUAUAGAAAAUGGUAAGACAUUGUUUCCAUUUCUUGAUUCAUGUGUUGACUAAUGUACAGUAUAUACCUGCAUUUGAUUUAAGAUUUUGGUAUAUUUUCUAGACUAGAAGUAUUACAAAUCUGAGACUUUAACCCAGUGCAAGAUUCAACAGAACUUCAAUUAGUCUUUCCACACUCUACCUUAAUACAAUAACCCCACCUAGACACCCAAUGCUUUCAUGAUCCCAGUGCAAUAAAACUCAAAUUGUAAGAUUGUGCAUUAUAAAGUUCCACAUACAUAUGAUGUGCAUGCUGACUCUGGGUUUUCAUUAUAUUAAUUCUAGGCUUCAGUCUCAUUAGAGCAUCAUUUUAAUGUUUCUUAUACUCAGGGCCGUCUUUAACGCGGGGCAAACGGGGCAGCUGCCCCGGGCCCAGUUACUCUUGGGGGGCCCAAGGCAGCUUUCCCGUGGGCCCCGCUGCCCUCAACAAUUGUUUCUCCCAUGGGGCUGCCGGCCCCCACAUUAAGGAGGCCACCGGGUGGGUAUUGUAAGCAGGGGCCCGGUCACACGCUGUAGUACUUUAACAGCGCGACCGGGCCCUUUGCUUUUCGGCAGCACUGGGAGGAAGUGACGGCUGCGAGUCACUUCCUCCCACUAAGGAGAGGAGACGCGUGGGAGACGAAGGAGGGAGCCUUUGCCAGGAGAGGCAGAUCCCAACAACCUUCAGUCUGGACACCUGGGGAACCACCUUCCAAGGUAGGAAACUUGUGGGUGGGUUUAAAAGUGUAAAUUUAUGUCAGUAUGUCUGUCUGUGUCUGUGUUUGUGUCAGUAUGUCUGUCAGUGUAUGUUUAUGUCAGUAUGUCUGUCAGUGUCUGUGUCAGUAUGUCUGUCAGUGUAUGUUUGUCAGUAUGUCUGUCAGUGUAUGUUUAUGUCAGUAUGUCUGUCAGUGUAUGUGUUUGUGUCAGUAUGUAUGUCAGUGUAUGUUUAUGUCAGUAUGUCUGUCUGUGUUUGUGUCAGUAUGUCUUUUAGUGUAUGUUUGUCAGUAUGUCUGUCAGUGUAUGUUUAUGUCAGUAUGUCUGUCAGUGUAUGUGUUUGUGUCAGUAUGUAUGUCAGUGUAUGUUUAUGUCAGUAUGUCUGUCUGUGUUUGUGUCAGUAUGUCUGUCAGUCAGUAUGUUUGUCAGUAUGUCUGUCAGUGUAUGUUUAUGUCAGUAUGUCUGUCAGUGUAUGUGUUUGUGUCAGUAUGUAUGUCAGUGUAUGUUUAUGUCAGUAUGUCUGUCUGUGUUUGUGUCAGUAUGUCUUUCAGUGUAUGUUUGUCAGUAUGUCUGUCAGUGUAUGUUUAUGUCAGUAUGUCUGUCAGUGUAUGUGUUUGUGUCAGUAUGUAUGUCAGUGUAUGUUUAUGUCAGUAUGUCUGUCUGUGUUUGUGUCAGUAUGUCUUUCAGUGUAUGUUUGUCAGUAUGUCUGUCAGUGUAUGUUUAUGUCAGUAUGUCUGUUAGUGUAUGUGUCUGUGCUUGUGUCAGUAUGUCUGUCUGUGUAUGUCAGUAUGUCUGUUAUUGUAUGUGUCUGUGUAUGUCAGUAUGUCUGUUAUUGUAUGUGUCUGUAUGUGUGUCAGUAUGUCUGUCAAUAUGUGUCUGUCAGUGUGUGUGUCAGCGUGUGUGUCAGUAUGUCUGUCAGUGUAUGUCUCUGUGUAUGUGUGUUAGUAUGUCUGGCAGGGGGCAGAGUCCAGGGGCCCCAAGCAAAUGGUUUCCCAGUGUCCGGUCAAUAUUAAAGACGGCCCUGCUUAUACUAGAAUAAAUCAAUGUGGAAGUUGUUUAAGCUUGAGAAUAAUAAACUGUUUCCUCUGAGUAAAAUAUUGAGUAAAUUAAACUUAAAAGGCUGCUAUAAGGUCACAUGUAACUAAUCCCUCCCCUUUUUAAUUUAUUAUACAGAUAACACAUUAAAAAAAAAACAUUCACUAAUAAAGUUCCUAAAAUUCCUGGACAAGUUUCUGCUGCAAAGAGAGAGAGAGAGACCUCGUUCUAUACCAGGAAGUGGUUUCACCAAUCACUCUGAUCUAUGUACAUUGUUCUUAAGGAUGCUCAAUAAGAUGACGGUGGUCAUACUGUAGUUGCUGAAGCCUAUUCACAGUCACUUUUACAUUGUCCUGGGACAUGUGCACAUGCUUUCUCAGGAACACUCCAGAGGAAGGGGGGUUGGUGAACUGUGCAUGUAUGUUGCAUGAACAGUUUGAAUAGAAGUUGGACAAACUAAAUUUCCUCUUUUUCAUCUUUGGGGAGAAACAAUUUUAUAGCUGCAAUGAUUUUGCAAAUCAUUGCAAUAAUAAGCCACUGUGUACAGUGAAUCGAUGAGGAAUCUAUUCACCAUAGCUUUUGCACUUAGCAUAAUUGCACAUAGUUACCAUUUUACCAAUCCCAAAUAAAAUUAAAACUAAAGAUAAAAUAUUAUAUACAACAAAACAGGGCCACUGUUUAUUAAUUUUCUUAUUUAUUGUCAGAAUUGUUGGUUUGAUGAAUUGUUCUAACACAUUCCUAAAUAGUAAUUACACGUGCACCCGUCUCUAGAUUUUUUGAAAGAAAUUGCAACCAGUGAAAUCCACUAGAGGUCUCCUUUUGCUUUGUCACCAUUUGAGUUACAUCAUUAAUGGAACACUGUUUGAAUGUUCUAUAUUUCGAAUGAAUUUAUAGGUCUGGCAGUCAUUAUCACCCAAUUAUAAACUAGCUUGUCGGUGCUAAUAUAUUAUGAUUUAAUAACAACACGUAAUAAAUAUUGUAGAACUAUACAAGUCUAUGGUAUACUAUGUAGUGUGAUGUUGGAAGGAGGAGAUUAUUAGAAAAAAAUGAAAAAAAUAGUUCUGUUGUUGUGCUGCAUCAUGAUUAGUCAAAUUUCAAGACCACUGCUGCAAACAUUUUUUUUACAUUUUUUUGUAACUAUAUUAUUAUUUAGGAUAUCCAUAAGGUAAGCCUAAGGUAACUAAUACAUUAAUUAUGUAUGCUUUAUGCAGUAAUAAUACUGGAUUAGUUUGAGUCUGCUAUCGUAACCUAAUGAUCUCAGUCUAGGAGUUGUAUUCACUGUAGGUGAAAUACAGUAGAUAGACUUUGAUUACUUGUAAGAAACUUAUGCAGUAUUCACUACUUGAAUAUCAGUGUAUAUUUUAUUACUGGUGUCUUCAGUAGCUGUAUCUAUAAGAUAAUAUUGUAUGUUAUCUGUCCAUUGUGAUAAGGAGUAUAUCACAGAGUGAUAAUAUAAUGCAUGAAUAUUAAAUGCAUAGUGUAGCUAAAUCACACUAUGUUGCAGUAGAAAACAAUAUAUUUUAUAGAACUGCAAAUAUAGAUAGUCAUUGUUUUAUAGCCACACAAGAUAUAAUAUCUCAGACCAGUUAAAAGAUAGGGCACAAAUGAGAAAAUAUCUAUUAGGUUCUAAUUUAAACUGAUUAUCUGAAGUGAAGUCUACUUAUCUGGAUGCUCCUAUUGAAUUUGAAGAAAUUAUGAAUGCAAUUAGAGUACAAAAGCCUAACAAGGCAUCCGGACCUGAUGGAUUCCCAGCAGAAUUUUAUAAAAAAAUGAUGGACACUCUAGGUCCAUAUUUCACUGGGAAAUUUAAUGAGGUUAGAGAAGCUAGUUCUCUUCCACCUGAUAUGCUUCAGGCAUUUAUUCUUCCUAUUUUAAAGAGGCGGUAAAAUUAUCAAAUUACAGACCUAUUUCCCUGAUUAAUACAGAUACAAAGAUAUACUCUGCUAUGCUUGCUGUACAUUUAAAAAAUGUAUGUCCAACUCUUAUACAAAAGAUCAGGUUGGAUUUGUUAAAGAUCAACAAUCUAAUGAUAAUACAAGGAAAAUAAUAAAUUUAUUGGAUUAUGUUAGUUCUAACAAAAUACCAUCUCGAUUUAUAUCACGUGACGCAGAGAAGGCUUUUGGCAGAGUCAUUUGGACCUUUCUGGAGGAAGUUCUUCAAAGCUUUGGAUUUGGUGAGGUCUUUAUUGGCUCUGUCAUGGCCUUAUACACUAAUCCAAGUGCCAGAGUGGAUCAGAAUGGUUCAAAAUAGGGAAUGUCACAUGACAAGGCUGCCCGCUAGCACCAAUGUUAUAUAUUUUAACACUUGAACCUUUUGCACCAAGAAUUAGGAAUAAUGUCGGUAUUAAGGGCAUCAAAAUAGGAGAUCUGGAAAAUAAACUUAGUAUGUAUGCUGACGACAUUCUUCCUUCUUUACAUGACCCUGAGAACUCUCUAGCCUCGUUAAUGCUCGAAAUUGAAGAAUAUGCUUAUGUAACAAAUUAUAAAAUAAAUUCAAACAAAUCACAGGUUAUGGAUAUAGCAAUAUCAGUCAUGGAAAGAUCUAGCUUAAGUAAAAAGUUUAAAUUCUGUUGGGGAAUCAACAAAAUUAAUUAUCUGGGAGUUAAAAUCCCCAAAAACAUAGGAACUAUUAUUGAAAUUAACUAUUCUAUACUUUUGGAAGAAACAAUUAGACAACAAGAAUGGAAAAGUCUUUUUAUAUCAUAGCUGGGAAGGAUAAAUGUAAUUAGAGCGUAUGUUAUUCCGAAAUGGAUUUAUUUACUGAGAAUGAUACCCUUAAAAUUACCUUUAAGUUGGAUUAGAGCAUUUCAAUUAAAUGUAAAUAAAUUUGUCUGGGCUGGUAAAAAACCAAGACUAAAUAAUACAAUUAUUUCUUCUAAUUGUACGAAAAGUGGGCUAAAUAUGCCCAGCCUGGAAUGAUGCAGAAGCUAGUAUGAUGUGCCACUUGUCUAAAAUUCAAAUGAUGAAAGUUAGUGUUAUAUAGAACAAGAACUAGCAGGCAUGCGUAAUUUAGAGAGACAAUUUCAAGAAAAACUCUAAAUAGAUUUCCAUGCAUAUUAUAGCAGAACUAAUAAAGAGAGAGCUCUGUUGUGGGAAGUUUUUUGUGUCACCCACCCCCAAAGCAUGGGUGACCAUAAGGUAGAUCCACACAAAGUUAUAUACACUGAAAUACACCCAUACAAAGAUACAUACAUACACACACACACACAAAUAUACAUACAAAAAACAUGACAGUACAUUUUAAACACCCUUCUGCUUCUAUAAAUUGUGGGGCUUCCCUGGGUUCCAGUGAGGUAUGGUUGGGGUUGCAAAGAGAUCGCUGUGGGAUGUGGAGCUGAGUGGGGUAAUAGGAGCUAGCUAGAGCUAUCUCCUCUGUCUACCUCUUUUCUUUGCAUUGAGCUCCGUUUGCUGGGAGGAAAUAAAGCAUGAUCACGUCCUCCCAGCUCAGCACAGCCCUGAAGGAAACAGUCAAAUUGUCCAGAACUUUGGUGUGCUGGCAAAGCGUAGAGGCAUCUGACUGUGUACCUCAUCAGAGAUAGAAACAUAGAAUGUGACGGCAGAUAAGAACCAUUCGGCCCAUCUAGUCUGCCCAAUUUUCUAAAUACUUUCAUUAGUCCCUAGAUCUCUAUUAAAUGGCCCAGUGAUCGUGUGGGUCACCCAAUGCGCCUCUCAAGUUUUUACACAAAGUUUACUCAACUUAAGUCACAUUGUUCAAUCAUUUAGGUUUAUUCUUAAUUUUUAAAAAGUUAGCAUUUACAAUUUUCCCAAGUUUCUCAUAAUACCGUGAGACUGACAUGUAAGUCACAAUUUUCAAUAAAUGUAAUUGAAAGCUGUCUUUUAGGUAUGAUCCACAUGAAUCCUACAAGACCAGAAGUUAAAGAUGAAGAUCUUAGUUUAGGAGCUUUCAGCAGGACAUCAUCUGGUGGCUCUUUUAUUUUAGAAAGUGCACCCUCCAGUAGCCAGCCUGAUGUUUAUAAACCUGAAAAAAUAAUGGAUUUGGAGGCAAAUAUAGAAGACCAAAUGAUUACAUUGACCUGGACAGCAACUGGUGAUGAUCUGGACAAGGGGAAUGGUACAUUAAUACAUUACUAUGUCCAAAAAAUGUUAACAUAAGAUGUUGGUCAAUUUACUAAAGUGCAAUUUGGACUGUAAAAUGCCGACACUAUUCAUACUGUUUAACAUUGUCUGGAUUUUGCAAUACUCAGAAUUGUGGCUGAUUGUCCUGAAUGUGUGUACCUACAUCAUAGUGCACUGGAAAUACUUAUAAAAUAAAAAACGUAUAUAUAAAAUUAUUGCCAGCUCACAAUGAAGUAAACUCACUAAAAAUGAUCUUAAAGCAGCUCCAGAAUCUGUCCUUCUAACAUUUCUGUGUUAAAACCUAGAGCCCAGGAGAAAGGGCACUGGUAUAUGUGAGUGGCAUCCAAAAGGAGAUUAAGAGGGGUGUUUAUAGGUUGAGAAUAUACUUUCUGCCCUGUUUGUAUAUUUUUUCUUUGCAGAUACAUAUAAGUGAUAUAUUGAUGUGAAAUUGGAGUAGAUUCUUGCGAUAGUUAAGCUAUAUAGCAGAUGCGCAGCACUUACUAGUCAGCCGCUCCAAUACAUUUAAAAAAAAAAAGUAUUUAAAAAAAGAUAUGGACCACCAUAUUACUAUAAAGGAGUUUAGCAUCUUCAUUAUGCCCCCACUUGCCAUGCUAUGGGUGGAAUAUUUUUUACUAAACAGAGAUCAUCUGGCAGCCAUGCUUGGGUGGAAUAAUAUCUACUAAACAAAGAACAUAUGGCAGCUGUUCACUGUUAUAAAAACUAGCGACUGGAAACUAUUGCUGUCCAGUUGCUAUAAAUGCCACCUGUAAAUUAAUGUGAGGGAACCUGGUACUGGUCCUCCUUCAACCCCCAACCAUUGAUAUUGAGUGGGGCCUAAAACUCAAUAAUGGGGAGUAGAUAGAUAGAACAGUGUCAGUAAUGGUUACUGCUAGUGUAUAUGUUAGGGUAGAGUAGGUGUUAAGUGUUAUUGUAAUAGUAUAUUAGCAUUAGUGAAGUAUUGGGUAGGGCUAACAAGUUACUCUAUACUGUUAGAACUGCACUGGGAUAUACAUGUCACAGUUCUGCUGUAGAUUAGCGGGGGUUAUGGAUUCGGGUACAGUAAUUUAAUUUGCUAUAUUUAAUUUUUCCUAAUCUUGGGAAGACCAGAAUUUGUGCGUGUCCAUUUUUGACCAAAUGUAUGGGCACUGAAUUAAACAUAUCAUGAAAUAACUGCACUAAUGAUGUCCCCAUAUACAAUGUAAUCAAUUUUGUUUAUUUUUCAGCUUCACGUUAUGACUUAAGAAUGAGCACUGAUCUUAAAGGCCUAAGAGAAAACUUUAUUAAUGCUACUCAAGUUAAUAUCUCCAGUUUGACUCCACAAGAAGCUGGAUUCAUUGAAACAUUCAGCUUUGCACCUGAAAAUGUUGUCAUAGAGAAUGGAACUGUACUCUUUUUUGCAAUAGUUGCUAUUGAUAAGGUUUCCCAAAAAUCAGACCCAUCAAAUAUAGCGCAAGCUGCUCUCUUUGUUCCUCCUACACCAGCUCCAACGACCACCACUGCACAAGAAGCUACCACUACAAAACCAAUCCUCACCCACCCAAAAACAAAUGUUUCUAAUUCACUGAACAUAACAGACAUGACACUUAUAGUUUGUUCUGCCGCCGUUAUCAUUAGUAUUAUAAUAAGCAUUACUCUCUGCAUUGUCAGCUGUCUGAAAAAAAGAAAAGAUCCAGAACUUAGAUUGUAA